CUGUCUGUCUGUCUGCCGUGACCUCACAUCAAUGGGCGGGGCUACCAACCCUCAUUCGUUUUUAUGGUAUUCAUUCAUAUCUUUAAAGCGGUGGCGGACCUGCAACAUUAACCAACUCCGUCGGGAAGAGUCGUCGAGCAGUGAGAGGGUCCAGUCAGAAUGGCAGAAGCUCACCAGGCGGUGGCCUUUCAGUUCACUGUCACUCCAGAUGGCAUUGACCUACAGCUGUGUCACGAGGCCCUGCGCCAAAUCUACCUGUCUGGACUUCACUCCUGGAAGAAGAGGUUCGUCCGCUUCAAGAAUGGUGUCAUGACCGGAGUCUAUCCAGGAAGUCCCUCUGGACUCCUGGUUGUUUUGACCGGUUACAUAUCAGCAACCAAAUACGCCAAAAUAGAUCCUUCCCUUGGGCUGUUCACUAAACUGUCAACACACUUACCAGUCAGUAAGUACAUAACAGUAGAAGGGCAACGUAUCGCCGGCGGGGUUCUGGUCGGAACAGGAUUGUGGGUCGCUGUUAUUUUUGUUAUGAGGAACGUCCGAAGGUGCCUGCUAUCCUGGCACGGCUGGAUGUUCGGUCGCCAUGGGUCUUUGUCUUUUAAGACGAAAGUUUGGUUGGUUUUGGUGAAGUUACUUUCUGGACGAAACCCGAUGCUGUACAGCUUCCAGAGUUCAUUGCCACGGUUACCUGUGCCUCCCAUAAAAGACACCGUCAGGAGAUAUCUUGACUCAGCCCGUCCCCUGAUGGAAGAUGAGCAAUUCCAACGUAUGGAGGGUCUAGCAAAAGACUUUGAGAAGAACCUGGGCCCCAGACUUCAGUGGUAUCUCAAACUUAAAUCCUGGUGGGCCUCCAAUUACGUCAGUGAUUGGUGGGAAGAGUAUAUUUACCUCCGAGGUCGUUCACCCAUCAUGGUCAACAGCAAUUACUAUGCAAUGGAUUUUCUCUAUGCGUUCCCCACUCAUCUUCAGGCCGCUCGUGCUGGUAAUGCCAUCCACUCCCUCAUGAUAUACAGAAGAAAACUGGACAGAGCUCAAAUCAAACCAAGAUUCUUGCUGAAGGAUUAUGUGCCGCUGUGUUCAGCACAGUGGGAACGGAUGUAUAACACGUCACGUAUUCCCGGGCUUGAGACAGAUAUUCUUCAACAUGUAAAUGAGAGCAAGCACAUCGCUGUAUACCACAAGGGCCGCAUUUACAAGGUGUGGAUGUUUUAUGACGGGCGGUUGCUGUUGCCACGGGAGAUCGAGCAGCAGAUGGAAAGGAUCCUGGCUGACAAAUCCGAACCUCAGCCAGGGGAGGAGCUGCUACCUGCCCUGACCGCUGGAGACAGAGUGCCUUGGGCCAAAGCCCGCUCACAGUUCUUCAGUAAAGGGAAGAAUAAGCAGUCCCUGGAUGCUGUGGAAAAAGCUGCUUUCUUUGUAACUCUGGAUGAUUCAGAACAGCGUUACGAAGCCGACAAUCCAGUUCAGUCUCUGGACAGCUACGGCAAAUCUCUGCUUCAUGGAAAAUGCUACGACAGAUGGUUUGAUAAGUCCUUUAACCUGAUUGUGUAUAAGAAUGGCACUAUGGGAUUGAAUGCAGAACACUCCUGGGCUGAUGCACCCGUCAUUGGUCACCUGUGGGAGCAUGUCUUGUCGUCGGAUCCAGUACAAUUGGGCUAUUCUGAGGACGGUCACUGUAAAGGAAGCCUCCACCCUAACAUGCCAGGACCUCAAAGAUUGCAGUGGGACAUCCCAGAGGAGUGUCAGACGGUGAUCAACAACUCCCUAACUGUAGCCAAAACUCUGGCGGAUGAUGUCGACAUGCACAUCUUCCCCUUCAACAAGUUCGGCAAAGGCCUGAUCAAAAAAUGCAAGACCAGCCCUGAUGCUUUUAUUCAGAUCACCCUUCAGCUGGCACACUUCCGGGAUAAAGGAAAGUUCUGUCUGACAUAUGAAGCAUCAAUGACACGUCUGUUCAGAGAGGGCCGCACUGAGACCGUGCGCUCCUGCACUAUUCAAACCUGCGAUUUUGUUCGUGCCAUGAUGAACGAUAAUAUAACGAAAGACGAGAAGUUAAAGCUGUUUAAAGUGGCAGCGGAAAAGCAUCAGGAUAUGUACCGAUUGGCUAUGACGGGGAGCGGCAUCGACCGCCAUCUUUUUUGCCUCUACUUGGUGUCAAAGUACCUGGGUGAAGAUUCAGCUUUCCUUAAAGAGGUGUUGUCCGAACCCUGGAGACUGUCCACCAGUCAGACUCCACUCCAGCAGGUGGAGCUGUUUGACUUAAAGAGGCAUCCCGAGUUCGUGACUAGCGGAGGCGGAUUUGGACCUGUGGCUGAUGAUGGUUAUGGUGUGUCAUACAUUGUUCUUGGAGAGGACCUUAUCAACUUCCAUAUAUCCAGCAAACACUCCAGCCUAGAGACUGACUCUCAUCGUUUUGGAUCGUACAUCAAACAGGCACUGCUUGAUAUCCUGGAUCUGUUCCAGUUCGACAACAAAGUUAACAACAAAUGAUCCGUCUACUUUUACUUUCCGUGCUAAAAAGGGAAAUCAUUUAUAUAUAUUCUUCAUACGGGAAUGUCCUGCUUUGGCAUGUAAAAAGUAAUUGUUUUUAAAAUCAAAGAAUGGUUAUUUAAAUAGGGUGGAGCGUGGAUUCAGGGCCUUUUUAACGAUACUGUGUUGUUUUAGAGGUAAAAGAAUGGACAGCCUAUAUAUCACAGAUUUUUUGACUGUUUGUGCUGGUAUGUAUUGAUAAAAUAUUGCCUUAAAUUUUUGGAAGGGACAUUGGGGGGACUAGAAGAGAUCGUGAAAAAUUCAAGGAAAGACUGUUGCCUUUUUGUGCUGUGUUCAAGCAGCUUUGGUUUGGCUCUGCUAAUAUACUAUUCAAACUGCAUUUUUUUCAUAGGUUUUCUCAGAAUUGUAAUUUAUUAACUUUAUGUGGGCUGAAUUGCUGCUAACAUGCUGUCAGCUUAUAAAGGGAGGACAUUAUUUCACACAUUAAACACGGAGGUUUGUUUAUCUUUCACUUUUGUAUUUGCAUAUAGUCAAAGUGCCACAACAGAGAUAAGCAGUUUUCUUUUUUUGCAUUGGGCUCACCAGUCGAAUCCAAAUGAUUUAGCUAGUCUGUGAAGUUGACUCGCUUAAUGUAUUUCUUGUGUAGGAUGUGAUCUUGUAAUACCAACAUGAGAAUAACAUGGUAAUGGCUUAUUUUGAACAUUUAAUAACCGUUGCGUUUUAUAGCCUAGAACAAAUUGUGUACAACCCAAGGCAUUAUAGAUGAAGAGGUAGAUUUCUAUAAAUGUUGUUUGUCGGUGACAAAAUGUGUGCUAUUUAUUUAUCAGUUUGUUUUCUCAUCACAACAUUUUGAGACUGCCUAAUCGAACAAUAAUUAUUAUUGAACGUAAUAAUAUAAGUUAUGGACAAAUAGAAUGUAAACACGCAAACAAACAGAAGUUGUUCUGCCAUAUUAUCUACUAUUUGUAUUUUAUUUUCCACAGUUUGCAGAAAAUGGUUUGACAUAGGAUCUGUUCAGCAUUGCUAAUGUAUUCAAAAAUAUUCCAACACAAUAAAAUUGAAUUUAAAAGGG